GUAUAUAUACUAGUAAAAUAGAAAACAAGGCAGGAUAGAAAUGAAGAACUGAAAAAAAAAUAGAAAGGAAGAAGAGAAAAGAUGAGAGCAGUCGAACAGUAGCAGAGAAAAUCAGAAGAGGAAAGAGAAGAAGGAGAAGAAGAGAAACUUACCCGAGAGAAGACAAGAACUCGAAGGCUUGCAGCAGUUUAGAAAAGAAGAGAGUCGUCGCAGCAGAGUAGCAUAUGUGUUUGGAAGAAAUGUCAUUGACUUUUGGAGGGGAAAAAAACGCGCUAGAGCAAAAUAGUUUCUUUCACUUGGGAAGUUCCAGCCUUCCAGGUUAUUUCACGGUUGAGUGGUCAGUCAUCUGAUUGUGCUACUUCCAGCGUCUGGCAAUUCCAUACCCAGAAAUUGUCUAAGCACUCCAAAGAAAGGCGAGGAGGAGCAAUCGGACUUGAAAAUAAGCCUUUGAUCUUUUCCAGACUGAUGAGAGGCAAAUCUGCACUCUUUAAGGGCCUUUGUUUCAUUCUGGGUUUUUGACCUUAGUUUCAUUCUUAAUUGGAUAAGAAUCUUUAUUCUGUUCUCCAGAUGGUAGAAUCUUCUACAUUUAUAUACAGGAUUUAAGCGUAACUUGAGUGGAUAAGAGAAAGAUAGCCUUUACUGAAAUGCUGAGGAGGGUAGAAGAAGGUUGCAUUGUCUCGAUAUUGAAUUACCAUCAGAAGCGUACUCUUGUGAAUGUAAAGCUAAAAUGGGUUAAAGAUAGUGUCUUGGACAGUGUAGUAGCUGGAGGCAGAGAACUGAAGGCAGGAUCUACACUAGUUUCCAUCAUUGCCUCACAAUCCAGUUCUGGUCUUCCUAUUUACCAUCUCACAACCAAGCGUGGACAGCUUGGGCUCCCUCAUGAAUUGAAAGUCUCCACUUUCCUUAGGCGAUACCCAAAUAUUUUUGAGGAAUUUUCUUGUCGUGAUAGUGCUGGCACUCCUGUUCCGUGGUUCAGAUUAACUCCUGAAACCCUAGAGUUUCAUCAUGAAGAAGUUACUGUUCUCCGUGAGUGCAGCACGGAUAUUGUUAGUAGGCUGAGAAAGCUUUUGAUGAUGACCAAGGAGAGGAUGCUUCCUCUUCAGACAGUUGAUCAACUAAAAUGGGAUUUAGGCUUGCCACAUGAUUAUGGUAGUUCAUUGGUUAUAAAACAUCCUGAGCUGUUUAAUUUGGUGGACCUUCCCGAUGGUCGUGUUGGUCUUAAGCUUUUAGCAUGGGAUCACAAAUUAGCUGUUUCCCAUUUGGAGGCAAAUUCUACAAGGGGAAAUGGGACCUUGAUGUUUCCUAUUGGAUUCACCCGGGGUUUCGGGUUAAAGAGAAAAUGCAUGGAAUGGUUGGAGGAAUGGCAAGAGCUGCCUUAUACUUCUCCUUAUGUGGAUGCCUCUCAUUUGGACCCAAGGACAGAUGUGUCAGAAAAGAGGAUUGUUGGAGUGUUUCAUGAGCUUUUGCACCUCACCUUACAAAAGAAAAUAGAGAGGAGAAACGUUAGCAAUCUCCGCAAGCCAUUUGAAUUGCCUCAGAAGUUCACAAAGGUCUUUGAGCGGCAUCCUGGGAUUUUUUACAUUUCCAUGAAGGGUGACACUCAGACUGUCGUCCUUAGAGAGGCUUAUAAUCGCAAUCAACUGAUUGAGAAGCAUCCCCUUGUUCUCAUAAGGGAGACAUUUGCGAACAUGAUGAAGCAAGGUUUUCUAGAUCGUAGUAGGGGGUUAUAUAGAGAUACUAACCAAGGUGCAGAAGAGGAGUCACUGACAAGUAGUUUUGUUGGUGAAACCCGUGGAACUAGAUAUUACUCUGGUAUAGACUCAGAUUCUAAUAUUACUCUGGAAUUUAAUGCUACAAGCUGAGAUGUGAUUGGCUGUACUAUUUGAAGUUCUCAGAAACCUGUGGAACUGGAUUGGAUAUGCUUUCAAAAUACGAAUCAGAUCAGAUAGAGGUCUUUAAGAAGUUCUGUAAUUAGAAGCUGAGAGGUGAUUACGUGUAACUUUGCGAUUCUCAUUUUCUGAUCUGAAUUUGCGGAUAAGUUCUUUGUAACGUUGAGGAAGUUCUCCUUAGUCUUGCUUAUGAUAUGGUCCUCAUCUUCGUUACAAAGAACAGGUCAAAGAAAACUCAGCCAUUUUUAGAUCAAGAUGAAAGACAAUUAACUAAUGCAAUUGGAAGUUGAGGUGAGAGUGUGGAUUACUCCCUUCAUGAGCAUCGUUUCAGAGAACCACCUGUGGAGUGCCCUUGGGUGUGUCUCAAAGAUAUGAUUGACAGUCUUUUGUUCUCUAAGAAGAAUUUAGCUGGAACUGUUGCAGCGACUGACCCUGUGGUGUCAUAAUAUAAUGGUAAGGAUUGUUUACCUUUAAAGAGUAAGCUGAUUUAUCAGAUUUUAGUUUCUAAAGGCUGGAUGAAGGCUUUGAGAUUCUGUUAGAUACUAUGCUCAUGCUGUUCUUUGAGAAUGCUAUGAGACAGUGUAUGUGAUAGUUUAUGUCAAUGUUGUCAUCAAGUUCCCUCCAUGAUAAUCAUUUAUUCUUUUCCGUGUUGUCAUCAAGUUAUCUCCAUAAUAUAUCAUUUAUCUGUUUCUCAUUAAUUUUGGCUUUCAGGUCAUGAAUGAAUCUGGGCACAUGUGGAAAAAGAACUUUUAAGAUGUCCCUGAAAUGGACACAAUAAAAUUUAGAAUGUUUGAGACAAUUAUUUUGGAAACCAAAAUGAAAUACUACCUGUCUCAAUUUAUGUGAUGCACUAUCCGUUUUAGUUUGUUACAAAAAGAAUGAUAUAUUUUUAUAUUUAGAAACAAUUUAACUUUAAAAAAUUUCAUUUUACGGUUUACCCAGUCACACAAAUAUUUAUGUCUUGUUUUAGACACAAGUUUUAAAAGUCUUUCCUUCUUAGACAAUUGAAGUGCUUUACAAAUAGUGUACCCUACACUUAUUAAAGUGUAAUAGCAGUGUUGGAAAAACUACUAAUCUAAUGGUUACUGCACUCCCAUACAGGGCAUUAAACUGAUUUAAGAACUCUCAAUGAUCUGGUUGAUUUCAAAGUCUUUUAUAACUGCACAAGUGUUCCUCUGAAACUAUGCAUGCUUCUUACUUUACAAUUCUGAUUUUGGAGAUUGUCAUAAUUCUGCAAUCUGGUUGUAUCAUUUCUGAUUACCUCAAGGGAGUAGAGGAGCAAGAAGAAGAGGAGCACAUUUCAAGAGAAACCAUUUCCUUUUGGCACUCAUUUUAAAAGUAAGCAACUAGAGAACAUGGAUUGAGUUUUGAUGCUUUAAAAGCAGUAUUGUUUCACUUGUAUGGAUGAGUUAUUGUAUCUGGCUUUUACGUGUUAGCUUUUCCAGCUGCUUAAAGACUAGAUAGGUUAGAUAUUGUAUCAUCUUUGGAUUACCAUCUGUAACCAGAAAUGAGUGGGACUAGAUUACCAUCACUUUAUUGUUCCGUGCAUUUCUAAACCAAGACAAGAGGCUAGUUGCAGAUUACAAACACUAUAUUCCUUAUUAGUUUUGCAGGCCAGAGGAUAGCAGAUAGCCUUGCCCAUGCCGGUGCUCCUCCUCCCUGGGUGACAUGUCGAUGGCAUUCGUGUCCACCCAUAUUUAUGCCAAGGACAUUUCUGGAUGCCAUUUAAAACAAGAGAGAGCUGCAUUCAACGUUGAAUCUUGUGUUUUCAUGAGUCGGAACUCACAAUCUGGCUGUUCGUUUUCAGUUUCUGGCAGCUUUCUCAACUCUAUUUCAUUUUCCUAGCCCUCAACAUUUCCAUUGCAUUAGGUGUUUGCUUUUUCUUUUCAAGUGAGCUACAUUUUCUCUGAUAAGCCUCUAUGCUACUGAAGUAAAAUUGUCCCACCAGGUUUUAUCUUCUCUCAGUUACGAGUCUAUUUUCUACUGGUUAUAACUUCAAUUAUUAGGCUUGAAAAUGUACAUUUGCGAAAGGCAUCAAGUUUGAUUUGUUUUAUUUCCA